GGGUUUGUGCUUUCUGUUUCAUUUGAAAGUGAAGUUCAUAAUAUGGUGGUUUUGGUGAUAUCUUUCGUGAUAUCUAUGUGUUAUGUAUAUGCAGUGAUCAGUGUGAAAUUUAGAGAACCUUGCUUUCCGGAACCAUUAAUUAGAAAAAUAACUGUUUAUGAGCAAAGUAACAUCUACAUAAUUUGGGUAUGGAUAGGAAUGUUUAUGAAUGGCAUAACAAAGUAGUAUCAGAAUAAUUUGGACCCUAUAGAGUGGAAUGAUUAUAGAUUCAUAUAGCCGACUCCAGCCUUUUUUUGGGGAGCUGUUUCCUCCUUUUGUUGACUUCUUUCCAAACUUCCAUUUAUGGCCUGUCCCUUCCUUGAUGUUAAUAGGAUGUGCAAUGGGAGGUAGUCUGAGGUUUCUUGCUCAAUUUUCUCUUCUGUUUGGUCGAACAAACUUGAAGGCCUUAUUACUCUCCAAUUUCCGUAACAUCCUGGAACUUAGCUGGGUUACUUAUCUCUAUAUGGUUCUCAUUGCAGAUGUCUUGUUGAGAGUCCUUCUGAUAAUUCAGCAACUUCUGCAAGAAAGCAGGCAUGGAUCAAAGAGAGACAUAUAUUACAUGCAUCCUGCUGUUUUUAAAGAACCAUCUGUUGUCGAUCGGGCAAUUAAUGACAUUUGCAUCCUCUUGCAGUGCAGUCGGCAUAACCUUAAUGUGGUAUCUGUCGGAAACGGAUGCGCAUACCCGAUUCCAGUCCAUGUGGAAGAGGUUGAUGUUUGGCAAGAGGAACCAUUGCAUUGUGAUAACAAUAUGCGUCUUUUGUUUUGUGAAUUUCCACGCAUAUUUGGAUCCAUAAUCUCUUUUUUUAACCAGGGAAGGGGUUAUCCUGAUGUUCCUACAAGGAGGUUUCUGCGUCUCCUCGUUGACAAGCUGCAUUUGCCUGUGUAUUGCCUGGUAGAUUGUGAUCCAUAUGGCUUUGACAUCUUAACUACAUACAAAUUCGGUUCUUUGGUGAGGAUUAUUCAUUGUGGUGUUAUUAUGAUGUGAACAAGUUGCUAUAUUUUCCUCCUUUUCACUUUUAUACUACUGCACUUUCAUUUUGUUAAUUAGUCCAAAUUUUCACUUAUCUAAAAGAAAAAUCUGGUACAUUCUUUACAUGGUACUACACUCACCGCAGACUAAAAAACAGGUGAGUGAAAAGUUAUCUCAGUUUCUUGAAGGCAUUUAAGUUGCUUUUCGAACCAACACAUGGAGAUAAUGGUUUUGACAUGUCAUAGAAUCCUUUCCUGUAACCCAUGGAUUUUUGUUAAGCUCAUAAAAAUUGCUUUUGCGCAGAGUUCCUUUGAUUGAAGAGUGUUUUCGGUUCUUACCCUUAUUUUAUGCUGCCAUAUUCACUCAAUAGUCAUGAUUUGUAACUUCACUAAAUGAAUUGCUGCAUUCUAAUCUGGUUAAGUGAUUUGGCAUACCAAUCAUAUGGAGUCUAAUGUGGAAUAAUAUUUUAGUGAGUUAUUUAGUAAUCUUUUCAGGUUUGAUUGUUGUAUUCUAUACAAAAUGACAUAUAUGUAUCUGGUGUUGUGGACUAUAGUCUAAGAAUGGGGGGAUAGAGUGACUCAUGACCAAAACUAGUUAUUAAUUUUAAAGUCAUACCAGAGAAAAAUUUAUCUUAAUAUCAUAGCAGACUUAGAGUGUCGUAUUGGUAAAACAUGGCUUGUUUAGCAAUUUAAGUGGUUCUGAUUUGUUUAUUCAAAUGUUUGUUUUGUAGAAAAAAAUGAGUACAACCUGACUACACAAGAUCCCUUUUUCUUAGUCAAUUUUUUAUGCCCUGAAGUUUUUAAUUUCACUACCUAGAUUUUUUGUUGUUUUAUUAAAGUUCUUUCACAUUCUUUACCUUAGUUGAUUAUUGUAUUUUCUGAAAUAACACUAGGUUAUUGCUUAUUAAGUUAUGACCGAAGAGAGAUGGUGAUGAGCAGUUUAAGAUAUGAUGUAUUAAGAAAAUCUAAAAAUAGAAAAACUAUGUGUAAACAUUGAACUUUUGGGUUUCUUUAACUGGAUAUUGUAUAGUCUGCAAGAGUUAUUUCCAACUUUUUAUUCUUUUUGGUUAGUCAUCUGCCCUAAGGAGUAGGAUUUGUGUAAGGAUCUUAACUCUACUAGAUAUUUACGUUUUUUUAACUAAAGAAAUGAAGUGACAUUGUGUUCAAGAGGAAAAAAACAAGUGUGCAUACCUGGUGUUGUAACCAAGUAGUAGCUUUGCAGUUUGUAUAUAUGAGAUGCUCAAUCUAGUCUUCUUGAUCCAAACAUGUAUGCUUCAUUUAUGCAAGAAGUGAAUAUAAAAGUUACACUGCAACUUUUCUUGUCACUUAUCUGAUAUGUAGAUAUUGAAAUUUUUAAAAGUUAGAUUAAUUUUUAGGAUUCACCUUGUUUUCAAACUUUCUGAAUUUCAACUUUUGGCAAUUGAAAGGUUGGUUUUGCCAUGGUGGUUCUUUCUCAGUAGUCUUACUUAUGGACUUAAGUCCCUCUAUUCUUCUCUCUUGUGUAUAUGCACCUGUUUGUAUGAAAGUGUGUUGAAU